AUGCUCCUUCUCGUUGUCGUUCCUCUGCUCGUGGUUGUCGCCACGCAGCUGUGGGACUACGCCGUCAUGCGCCUCGUGUGGAGGCCGUACGCCAUAAGCAAGUGGUUCAGAGAGCAAGGGAUCCAUGGACCCUCCUACGGGUUCUUGAAUGGCUGCAACAAGGACAUCAGGAGCCUCAAGGAGGAGACUGACCGUCUGGUGCUGGAUGUUCGCGACCACAAGUACCUCCCGCGGAUCGCGCCACACUACCUGAAAUGGAGGGCGCAGUACGGAGACCCAUUUCUAUAUUGGCAUGGGGCGCAGGCCCGAAUAUGCGUAUUUAACUAUGAAUUGGCAAGACAAAUUCUUUCAAGCAAGUCCGGACAUUUCGUGAAGAACGAUGUACACCCUAAUUUCCUGGCUUUGGUUGGUAAUGGACUCGGGUUUAUGGAAGGCGCAGAUUGGGUGCGCCAUCGUAGGAUAAUCAACCCUGUUUUCACCAUUGAUAAGCUAAAGAUGAUGACAAAAACAAUGCUGGAUUUUGCUGAAACCAUGGUUAAGGAGUUGGAAGAACAAGCGUCUCGAAACGAGAAUGGAGAAAAACAAUUAGAUAUCAGUAAAUUUUUCAGCGAGCUAACAGUUCAUAAUAUAUCCCAUGCCGUCUUUGGAAGCAGUUAUGAAUUAGGAAAUAAAGUGUUCCAGGCUCAAAUUGACCUAUUGAGGAUCACUAUGGAAGCUUUCCUCGACGUGCUGACACCAGGAUUCAAAUAUCUUCCUAUUGAAAGGAAUCGAUGUAGAUGGAUGCUCGAAAGGGAGCUUAAGAGCCUACUCACACAAAUCAUACAACCACGAUUAGCAACUAUUGAAUACGGAAAUGAUCUACUAGGUGUCAUGCUUGACUCUUGCAUUGAAACCAAGCAAGGAGGGAAGCAAGUGGAUCUCAGCUUGAGCAUGGACGAGAUCAUACAUGAGUGCAAACAGUUCUUCUUCGCUGGUCAUGACACGACAUCUCAACUACUCACAUGGUCUGUGUAUUUGCUGUGCAUAUACCCAGAAUGGCAGGAAAAGCUUCGAAAGGAAGUCUUGAAGGAAUUUGGGAGGGAAUCUCCUAACCCCAAUGCGCUCAACAAAUUGAAAGAGAUGGCAAUGGUGCUCUUAGAGACCUUGAGGCUCUACCCGCCUGCUCUUUUCAUGCAAAGGAAGACCGUGACCGAUAUGACAGUGGGAUCAAUAAAACUGCCCAAAGGCAUAUCAAUUGUGAUACCUAUUCCAGUUAUGCAUAGGGACAAGGAGGUUUGGGGUGACGACGCAGAUGAAUUCAAUCCCUUGAGAUUUAAGAAUGGGAUCACGGGGGCAGCAAAGGUUCCACACGGCCUGCUAGCCUUUUCAAUCGGUCCAAGGUCUUGCAUCGGUCAGAACUUUGCUAUGUUGGAAGCGAAGUCGACAUUGGCCCUGAUGCUCCAGAAGUUCUCAUUCACCCUUUCCCCUGAUUAUGUGCAUGCACCCGUCGAUAUGUUUACUCUUAAACCAAAGUUUGGUCUUCCGAUAUUUUUAAGGCCACUGGAUAAGUGCAAUUAG